GAAGCCAGGCGGGGCAGCCGGACCCCGCCCUUCCCGGCCCCGGUCCUUGGGGGCUGAAGGCAGCCGGAGCCACCGUUUCCCCCCUCGCGCCCCCCUUCUGUCCCCCCCCAAGCCAUGACCUUUGGCCGGGGUGGCCCGCCGGUGGUGGUGUUGAACGUGGGGGGCACCCGCUACUCUUUCUCCCGGGAGGUGCUGAAGGACUUUCCCCUCCGGCGGGUGAGCCGCCUGCACGGCUGCCUGUCGGAGCAAGACGUGCUCGAGGUGUGCGACGACUACGACCGCGAGCGGAACGAGUAUUUCUUCGACCGGCACUCCGAAGCCUUCGGCUUUAUCCUGCUGUACGUGCGCUACGGCCACCUGCGCUUCGUGCCCCACAUGUGUGAACUCUCCUUCUACAACGAGAUGAUCUACUGGGGCCUGGAGGGAUCCCACCUGGACUAUUGCUGCCAGCGCCGGCUGGACGACCGCAUGUCCGAUACUUAUACCUUCUAUUCGGCGGAAGACAUCCGGACGGAGCCCUCCGGAGGCGGGAGCGGCAGUAGCAAAAGCAGCGGCCAGCCCGAGCAGCCCAAGGGCCAGGAGAGCGGCGAUCCGGUGGCCCCACCUGGCGCCGGCGAGAAGAAAUGGCUGGAAAGGAUGAGGAGAACUUUCGAGGAGCCCACCUCGUCGGUGGCCGCCCAGAUCCUGGCCACCGUUUCCAUCCUGUUCGUCAUCGUCUCCAUGGUGGUGCUAUGUGCCAGCACCAUGCCGGAGUGGCGAACGGCUGAGAACCGAAGCCUGGAGGAGCAGAGCAGGUACACAGCAGACUCAAUCAGGGAGCCUUCAGGGAUAAUUGAAGCAAUUUGCAUCGGCUGGUUCACGGCAGAGUGCAUUGUGAGGUUCAUUGUCUCCAAAGACAAGUGUGAGUUUGUUAAGAGACCACUGAACAUCAUUGACUUGCUGGCUAUCACUCCGUAUUAUAUUUCUGUGCUGAUGACAAUUUUUACAGGUGAGAAUUCUCAGCUUCAGAGGGCCGGAGUCACCUUACGGGUUCUGAGAAUGAUGCGGAUUUUUUGGGUUAUUAAAUUGGCCCGCCACUUCAUCGGCCUCCAGACACUCGGACUGACUUUGAAGCGAUGCUACAGGGAGAUGGUGAUGCUGCUCGUCUUUGUUUGUGUUGCGAUGGCAAUUUUCAGUGCUCUUGCCCAGCUUCUUGAACACGGACUGAAAAUAGGAAAACCCAAUGAAGGCUAUGCAAGCAUUCCUGCUGCUUGCUGGUGGGUUAUCAUCUCCAUGACCACAGUUGGUUAUGGGGAUGUUUGUCCAAUCACGAUACCUGGAAGGAUUCUUGGAGGGAUUUGUGUAGUCAGUGGAAUUGUUUUGCUAGCCCUGCCUAUUACAUUCAUCUACCACAGCUUUGUGCAGUGUUACCAUGAGCUCAAGUUCCGGUCUGCUAGGUAUAGCAGAAGUCUUUCUGCAGAAUUUUUAGAUUAACAAAUAGCACAUAUUGCAUUUCAUAGCAGAACUUAAUAUAGUGAAGAAAGUAGUAAGUUCUUCCUCAUUGUUUUCCAUCUUGGUAUCUGAGGAAUUAUGAAGCUGGUACAAUACUCUGUGACUUAAGAGGAAUAUCUCCCUGUUCUGUUUGAGGAAAGGUCUGUUUGAGGGAAGGUCACUUGCUCUUCACCUCAGAAGAGCCAAGAUUCAUAAGGGAGAAAACAUCUUCAUUUUCAUUGUCUCAGCAGGUGUGAAAGUUUCCACACUCAUUUCUCCAAAUACUGAGAAGUCCUAGAUGGUAUGCACUAUUUAGAGCUGAACGCAUCUAUGUGUUUUUAAAACACUCUUGAUUUUGAAAUGCAUUUCAAAUGACAUAUCAAUAAGAAGUGUCCAACUGUUAAUUACCAGGACCACACGUAACAGCCUGUGGAUAGUCAAGGGCCAAGAUACUGGAGACACAAAGGGGCAGAGCCAAGAUGUUCUUUUUUUUCCCCUUCAAAGUUUUGAUCAGAAAGGAAGAGUUGCUGUUGUUUUUCAAACCAUGGUAAGUCUAUUUUAGGGCAUUCUGGAGGUAUAUCUCAUGUCAAAAUGGCAGAAAAUGAUGCCACCAACUUUUAGUAAUUAUAGUCAGAGGUGGAUCCAGAGCUGCAAAUGAAAUGGUUGGGGACAAAUAUAUUCUUGUAGGCCUUAAAUUGCUCCCUUCAUAGAUACAAAGAAACAUAUUCACCCAAACAUAUACAUUUUUUUUAAAAAAAAAAUACUGGUCAGAUCCAAGUUUAUGUAGAAGAAACCCAUGAAAAUGACUGAGAUUCGUUAGCUAUCACUAUUUUGUCCAAUUUAUUUCAAUUUUUGAAUUUUUUCUAAGAACAUUUCAGUUUGGAUUUGACACAAUACAUACAGGUCUUGGUUUCAGUAUAAGGAACAAAGUUACUGGUAUUGUACGCAAAGCAUUAUGGGGAAAUUGUGAUUCUUUAUGUUGAAAUUUACAUGAAAGCUACUCUUGAAAGUUGGGUAUCUUGAUUCAGUGUGGGGAGGACAAGCUGCUUUUCCGAAAGGAAAAAGCUAAUCAGAAUCGUGGAAUACAAAUUGAAUAGUAAUAGUAAUAAUAGUAGCAGUAAUAGUAAUAGUAGUAAUGAAGGUCAAUCUUCAGAAUAGACCCAGUGAAGGUCCUUGGAUUGUAGCUUUUUGUUUAUGAGUUGCAAUUUAUAGCAGGGGUGUCCAAUCUUGGCAAUUUUAUAUCAGUGGAUUUCAAUUCCCAGAAUUCCCCAGCCAGCAUUUUGGCUGGGGAAUUUUGGGAAUCGAAGUCCACAGGUCUUAAAGUUGCCAAAGUUCGACAUUCCUGAUUUAUAGCAAUAGUACAAAUGUUUUUGAAAAAAAUCAUUGUCCUCUUUCCCAAAAUCUGCUAUUGAAGGCAAACCCUAAGGCAAGUUUAAAAUCUUCCUGCAGAAAAUUGACAUGAUAUUUUGAAGCACAUAAUGGCCAAAAACUGGAGAUUUAAAAAUAUACCAUUGCUAGUACCAUGCAUGCUCUUUUUUGUCAUCCUUUCCAGUUACAGGCCUUGCACAUUUCUUCAACAAUGUCAGAAAAACAAAGUUUGAACAGAUACAUAAUUAGAUAAAGGAAUGAUAUUUGAAACAUGAACAAUGAUUUCUAUUUCUCAUCUCUCAUGAAGAGUAUUUAUAUUUUUUCCUAUUAAUCGUACGUAAAAUAUCCUCCUUAAUGUCAGAUGCCCUGAGAUCAAUCAUUUUAAAAUACUACUAUAGAGUUUUUCUCAGAAGCUUAUUCAACUAAAAACUUACUAAAAGUAAACUGUAUAAUUUAUUUUAAUAUAAAAACACUGGUUAAAAAUUAUUCCGAAUCCUUUCAGUGAAUUGAAGAAUGACGAACAUGGCAGUCAAACCAUUACUGCAUUUAAUGAGAUGCUUUAUGGUGCUACUGUCACUUUAGGAAAUAAUCUAACUUUGUUAAAGUCAAGUAACUCUGUAUUAAAGCAUUCAAAAUCAGUAAAGUUUCCAGAUUAGAGAUUCACAGUUUAGAUGAGAAUCUGUCAUCUCUGGAGGUUUUUUUCUGAUAUAUUUUUCUGUGGGCCUAUUUUUUUUCACCCUUUUAAAAAAAUGUCUAGGAUUCCAAUCCUAGUAACUUUUACAUGGCAAUAAGUCAAAGUGAUACAAUGGAACCAAAGAUGAAUUAUUGAAGAGAGCUGUCAUGAAACAUAACUUUGAACUUUGACAAUUUGAUAGAUGUUUUCAGAGAGGGUUUGCUAUGUGAACUAAACAUGACUUAUGCAGCAAACUAAACUUCAUUACUAUGAAGACUUGUAAAAAAUACCUUGAAUUUCCCCAUAUCACAAUACAAUACCAGGGUGAUGGUUAUUGAUGAGUUCAGAUCCUUGCUGCUCCAUGACAUGAAUAAACAGCUUUGUGUAGGCUUUUGUCUCACAGUUCAAAUCAGAGAUUAUUAAGAAUGUUAGGAGAUACUGGAUGAAUCAGGCCACUGCCCAUCUUGUGCCCUCUUCUGUCUCACAGAAUGAUCAACUUGAUAGCUUCAGGCAAUAACAUUCAUUGGCUAUUGUUUGCCAGCAGCUGAUGUUUUGAAGUGUGUUAUCUGGGAUUUAUAAGGUAAUAUUUAGCUGCUCAGCCUACCUUGCACCCUUAAAAACAUAAAAAAUAAUGGCCAUUACUGUAGUUGAGGACAAUGAAUUUCAUAGUUUUAACUACCUGUUGUACAAAGAAAACUUUUCUUUUAUCAAUCCUGUUGUGUGAAUAAAAUAGAUAAUGCCAUAACUCAGACCUGAGUGCCUUGGAGGAAGGAUAGAUACAAUUGUGACAGUAAAUAUACAUAGUUCCCUAGGGAAAUAGAACAAAUAUAUACUUGAUAUAUGGAAUAAUUCUCCAAAUUAAAUUUUGUGUGGAAAAGGCAAUUGACUGUAUUCGUCCAGUUUCUAGAGAAAAAAAACCCAAACUAUCUAGCUAUAUUUCCCCUGAGAUUAUUUUUAUAAUCAUGAGCACUUUCCCCUUUUUAAUAUAAUAAACAUAUUUUGGAUUAUCACCAAAUUUAUAUCAACUAUGUUGCAUUCAAAUAGGAUUUAUUAUCUUCAAGUCCAACAGUGAUUCUUAUUAAAAGAAACAUAUCUGAAUAAACACCCUUCCAAAUAAUUUAUUGACUGAACAAAUGAAAAUAAAACACUGAUAUGCAAGAGGAGCUGCUAGCUCAAUGUAAGUUGUACUAUGUAAAAUAUAGCAUGUAUAUGCAUUCUAUAUUAAAUGUAGAACUGAUUUUUUUUUAAAAAAAACAUGUUCUUGUACUACUUAGUGGUACUAUUUAUAUGACUUGAACAGCUGCCAUAAUGACCUGACUUUGUGCAGAAGAGGAAUAAGAAAUAAUAAGCCAAAGAAAUUAACCAAUGAGGUAAGAAAAAGGAAAGUCAAUAUUUUAGUUUACACCAGAACCAUUCAGUCCUCCUCUUCUUAUCUUUCUACACUUGCAAAUCAUCCUUGUUGCACCCCUGAAAAUCAUCAUCGUGAUUUUCAUCACUCCAUCAUUUCACCAGGCAUUCCUUUUCAUAGCUCCUACAUUUCUGUGUUACGCUGUAACAUGAUUCUUUUCAUUCAUGCAUUGUCCUUUGUUGCUCAUAAUUUUCACGUCUCCCUUUUAAAGUUCUCAUCAACUCUACCUGACCGUGACAUUUUAAGUUUCCCCUUUCCAUUUGACCCAUUCACUCUUCCUUCAUAUACUUGUUUUGCAAUUCAUUCUUAUGACCAAACCAGCUCAACAUAUUUUUAUGCUGUUCAUUCACUUGCUACCUUUUCCCUAAUUUGGAGAACAAUGAUGUCUUUCUUCCCCAGGUGCAUUUUCACACAUAUAUUAGGCAAAUUACAAAAGUUUAGAAUGGAAGCUACAUCCAUAUUUUAAUCUUUCUCCAAUUAUACCAUCAGAACUUGCAGAUUUAUCAUGUACUCACAGCAUUUAUUAGUUCCAUUUUUCUUGAGCAUUGAGGGGUUUUCUUUCAACAUACUGCUGUCAUUCCCAUAUACUUCUCUAAAAUUCUUCUUUCAGGAUUCCCCUAUUUUGAUUUCAUUCUAAAUCAGCCAUCAGAAUUGCUCUGCAUUUUCUUUUCAUUUUUCUUAGCUGUUCCUUGCUCUCCUUGAUUACAAUCUUUGCAACUCUUUUUUCUAUUUUUCUUAUGUGUCUAUUUUUCAGUCAUAGCCUCUUUCACUCCAUCAUUUCACCAGGCAUUCCUUUUCAUAGCUCCUACAUUUCUGUGUUACGCUGUAACAUGAUUCUUUUCAUUCAAUUCCAAGGAAUUUUUAUAUUCUCUUGCUGUAUGUUCAAUUUCUAUUCACUUUGUUAGAUAACAUUUGUCUAUAAUAUUUUAUAGAAUUCAUUUCUCUUUUUGCAAGUAUUUCAUUACAAGCUUUUUUUGCAUCCUUACUUUUCUUUCAUGUCCAUUAUUCUAUCAAUUAUCUCAUAAGGAAUCAUAAUAAUUAUUUCAAUAAGACUUUUAAGUCAAUCUUUUUUCAUGUGUAUGCAUGAAUAGACAUGCUUAAAAUAAGUAUUUAUAUAUUUUUAUACUAUAAUAAUCAUGACUCUUAGCAGCAUGCAAAAAUAAAACAUCCAUUACAAACAUAAAUGCACUAAUAACAUUCAGAAAUGGAAUAAUAAACCCCCCCAAAUAAAACAACAUAUAUUCUGAUAGCAUUAUUUAACAAUAAAUCUGGUUUGCUAUAAUGUAUAAGGUGCUGGACUAGAAACCAGGAACCCGUGAGUUCUAAUCAGGGGUGGGUUCUACUUACCUUCACACACGCGCUCUUCUGCGCAUGCGCAGAAGCAUUCUGAUGACAUCAGAGUCGGUGGGCGGAGCCUCCUGCUGGUUUUACUAUUGGUUCUAUAGAACCGGUACGAACCAGGGGCAACCCACCACUGGUUCUAAUCCUCCUUUAGGCACAAACCCCAGCUGGGUGACUCUCUAGGUCAGUUUUCUCUUUAGCCCAAGGUUGGUAGAGAUUAUAAGAAAAAAAGUAGGCAGGAGCAUUAUGUGCAGCAUCUUGAAUUGUGCAAAAUAAAGUUAGAAUAUAAUAAUAAUAACUCAUACUAAUUCUAAUUUUAAAAAACUUCUGGAAGGUUACUCUAACUUGCUUUCAUAUUUCAGAGGUAGACUGUCUACAACAUGGCAGCAUGAGAGAAAAGUACUUCCUCCUAAGAUCUGUUCCCUUUAUUUCAUAGUCCUGGGGAAUUGCCUGUAUUUUUAUGAUGAUGUUUAUAUAGGAUGGAUUGAUUCUACUAUUUGAAAUAACUGAACCUUUUUUUAAGACUCUUGCCAAUCACCAUUCUUGUUCAUUCUUGAGUCUCUGAAUAAGCCAAUCAUUUUUCUGUAAUUUUUGAGCAGGACUUUUCACUCAUCAAUUCAUGUCAACUAGCAGAAUAGUUCUUUCUUCCCGACCCCAUUAUGUUAAUUCAGAAUGUGGCACAAUUAUUCCCAAAACUCAUCUCUGGUCCUUCCAUUAUCAUCAUUCUCCAAAGCACAAAUGUCACCAACCUAUGGAAAUCUGCUUUCAUACACACACAACAGAAACCUAGAUGACACUGAUGUAACCGCAGGAUCAGUGACGGACCCAGAUUGGAUCCUGCAACAUUAUCCUGUGGGACACAUAUAUUCGCCUUCAUUCAUAGAUAUAACUUUCUGACAUCCACAACUGAAACUACUCCUUCUCUUAUUCAUAUACUCAUGAGCUACCCAAGAUCAGGCCACAUUCAUUCAGAUUGGUUGUCGGCAUUAAGAUUAUGUUUUGAUAUCUGCCAUAUAUUUCAAUUUGUGUACACACCUAAGAAAACAAUAAAGUUGUUACAUGUCUGUGUUCAGAAUAGAUGUUCUUUCCUAUAUAUCUUUAUCAGCCAGAGGCUAUUAUUUAUUUAAUUAACCUGUUUAUUAUUUAUUACUGAGCUUCUGUUACUUCAUGUCAGGAAAAGAUGCCUGUCUAUACAAACUGGCAGUCACAUUCUAAUCUAUGAAAAAUCAAAUGAAAGCAAUGGAAUAAGAAAUGUAGAUGUUUUGCUUAAUCAUAGAACAUUUAGAUAACUGGACCAAGAAGACCUAUGAGCCCCCGAAGCAAACUUCAUCACAUAAGAAAUGAAAUACACAUAAUAAAACAGGAAAAUGUGAUGCUGUGAUGAUUAGAUUUGAAAAUCUAGAUUUGAAAUAAACCUAUCAAUACCGAUCUGGAAAUAAGUUGUUAUUGCAUGCAAUGAAAAAUUCUCUAGAAUAAGCAUGUUUUAAGAUUUCCUUGUUUACAUAAAGGGGUCAGCAGAGUAACUUAAUCUUAAAAUACUGAAUCCAUCCAAGAAAUUUAAAAUGUAUUUUGAUAUUGUGACUGAUAUUUUUUAAUAAAGAAAUUUGAAACAUAUGAUGAUGUUUGUUCUUUCAGCAGGUAAGGUAUCUAUUUAAAUGAAUGAUAUUCAAACUUUAUCAUGUCUUUACAAUGUAAGCUCUAUUAGUUUUAGUGAGAUGUCCGCUGAUAUAUAUAUUAAAAUAAAAAACUCUAUUCUUUAAUCAUA